AUGGCUUCCCAAAAGGCUGUUGUCGUUCAAGCACCCAAGCAAGCCGCAGUUGUGACUGAUCGGCCCCUUCCGAAGCUCCGUCCUGGCUACCUCCUCGUGAAAGUCUGCGCCGUUGCCUUAAACCCGGCAGACUGGAAGCGCAUUGACUUCGUCGGCCCAGCUGGCGCCCUUUCUGGCUGCGACUACGCUGGCGUCGUGGAAGAAACUGGCUCGGGCUACAAGAAGGACUGGAAGAAAGGAGACCGAAUCUGCGGCAUUUGCCAUGGAGGCGAUCAAAUGCAAUUGGAGAAUGGCGCAUUCGCAGAGCACAUAGUUGUGAAGGCGGAUGUGCAGAUGAGGGUACCAGACUAUCUGGGUGACGAAGAAGCAGCCACUCUGGGGGUCGGAUUCAUUACGGUUGGGCAAGGCUUGUUCCAGACUAUGAAGUUGCCGUUGCCGACUGAGCCGGCAGAGGUACCAGAAACAAUAUUGAUCUAUGGCGGAAGUACAGCAACAGGCACCCUUGGCAUCCAGCUUGCCAAACUAGCUGGCUGGAGAGUGAUAACGACCUGCUCACCUCGUAAUUUCGCCCUUGUCCAGUCCCUUGGCGCGGACGAGGUCUUCAAUUAUUCCGACAAAGACUGUGGUUCAAAGAUCAGAGAAUACACGUCCAACCAGCUCAAGUAUGCAUGGGACACCAUCACUCUGCCAGCUUCGAUGCAGAUCUGUGCUGAGUCCCUCACGUCCGGAAGCGGUGCUCAUUACGGUUGUCUUGCGAGGCCCGAACUUCCUCGCAAAGAUGUUACGGUCACAUUUACAAUCGGCUACACAUGCUUUGGAGAGACUUUCCGGAUAGGUGGGAAACUUUGGGAGGCGGCUGAUCUGCAGGAUGACUAUGAAUUUGCAGUUGGGUGGACUGCCAUGUUUGAGAAGCUCUUGGCGGAGAGAAAGGUGAAGGUGCAUCCGCUGAAGGUUAUGGACGGUGGACUGGAUAAGCUGCUCGAUGGGCUCGAUCUGCUGAGGAAUGAUAAGGUCAGUGGGCAGAAGUUGGUGUACCGGGUUGGCUAA